AUGGAGGAGUCUUACGCAUCAAAUGACAAUGAGGUCCUCAAGAGCCCAAGAUAUUAUGCUGAUGGGCAUCAAAGAGGUUCUAGGGCUUCAGCCCCUGUGAAACCUGAAGCUCAGAAGGCAGUACUUCCUAUUGAAGUGCCUGCAUUGUCUCUUGAGGACCUGAAAGAAAAAACUGAUAAUUUUGGAUCUAGUGCAUUAAUUGGCGAAGGAUCUUAUGGAAGAGUAUACCUUGCUCAGUUAGAUAAUGGAAAAGAGGUGGCUGUUAAGAAACUUGAUGUGUCGUCUGAGCCUGAUUCGAAUGUUGAGUUCUUAACUCAGGUCUCAAUGGUGUCAAGACUGAAGAAUGAAAAUCUUGUUGAGUUGCUCGGUUAUUGUGUAGAUGGAAAUCUUCAUGUUUUAGCAUAUGAGUUUGCAACCAUGGGAUCCUUACAUGACAUUUUGCAUGGAAGAAAAGGAGUACAAGGGGCACAACCGGGUCCUGUACUUGAUUGGAUGCAACGUGUAAGAAUUGCUGUUGAUGCCGCGAGGGGACUGGAAUAUUUGCACGAGAAGGUUCAGCCUUCUAUAAUACAUAGAGAUAUAAGAUCCAGCAAUGUGCUUCUGUUUGAAGACUAUAAAGCCAAAAUUGCAGAUUUUAACCUAUCAAAUCAGGCUCCUGACAUGGCUGCUCGCCUUCAUUCUACUCGCGUUCUUGGAACAUUUGGUUAUCAUGCACCAGAAUAUGCAAUGACGGGACAGUUGACACAGAAGAGUGACGUGUAUAGUUUUGGGGUUGUUCUGCUUGAGCUUCUAACUGGAAGGAAACCUGUUGAUCAUACCAUGCCUCGUGGGCAGCAGAGUCUUGUUACCUGGGCUACUCCAAGACUGAGCGAGGACAAAGUUAAACAAUGUGUUGAUCCAAAACUCAGAGAGUAUCCUCCGAAAGGAGUUGCAAAGCUGGCAGCUGUAGCAGCACUGUGUGUGCAGUAUGAAGCUGAGUUUCGACCAAAUAUAAGCAUUGUUGUCAAGGCUUUGCAGCCACUGUUGAAGUCAACCGUCCCGGCCCGUGAGAUAUAG